GUCUGACUUGUAACUUUCUCUGAGCCUCUCGAGUUGACGAUACCCAGCGUCCAGCUUUUCUGACCGUUGCGCGUGUUCCCUCCACAGCCCCGGUCUGAUCAUCGCAUUUAGGUUAGCACACGCCUCCUCGCGCAGCGCUGACGUGCUCGGGCAGCACCAGAUCUUGACAGGGCCCGUGCCCGUGCCCUUUCCCUGUCGGUUACCUCGCCGCUGUUUCCGUGCUUGAGGCGGCCGACCCGCGCCGUUGCCUCGAUCAUUGCGUGGGCGGGAGCAACGUUCUUGUCCCAACUCCUCGUUGUUAGAGGUUGGAGCAACCAAGCCACGGUAACCUUGUUUCUUUUUCGUUGUCAUUCCGCCGCACGAGAAUGCCGCAUCUGAGACGGCCGUGGAAAGACAUUUCAAGUCAGGAAGUUCUCCGGUGCUUCGGCUUCCGACUAUCGCCGCCUGGUCCACGACGCUCGCUGGGUUUCGCUGGCAAAGAAUCGAUGUCCGAGCAGAAUCAAAUGCAAGUGAUAUUCGUAAAGAUGGAUACCGUGGCUCUUCCCCCCGCGGUGGCAUCCUCCCCACGUCGGAUCCGAGUGGUUUUCAAAGCAGAUGCGGGGUGUGUGCCGAGCUCUAACCCCACCCUCACCAAGCGGUGGAUAUUCAUCCCUCCCCGUCUCACCGUCAUCGGCGACCUGGCACACCACCUCACGCGGCAGCUCAAGCGGCGGAAGGGCAGGAAGGCGCGUUCUUCUUCCCUCGUGCUCACUCUAGAUGGGUUCGUGCUGCCCCCGACCGAAAGCCUGGAUGUCCUCCGCGAAACCGACGUCGUGACGCUCACCCUUCGGCAGAGCGACGGACGAGAGCACGGCCGUACAGCCAUCUCUGGCAACAGCACCACCACCAACAACAACAACAACACCGGCGCCGGCAAGGCAAAAACGAAUCAGAAGGCGAAAGCGCCGAAAAAGAGAGGUGGCAGAGAGGGAUCUGUGAGCGGUGUCGGGAAUAAGGCGGGAGGCAAGAAACGAGGAGCACCUGCCGUUGGUGCUGCCGCAGGCAGGAAGCGGUCCCGCACUGGCUCUCCCGCCGUGGAGAGUAGCGCCUCGUCGGGAAAGAGGCGGAAGGUCGGGUCUUCCUCCACUGCAGAGAAGGCCAAGAAGGCGGCGAGGAAGAAAACGAAGGGAAAGGCCCCUGAUUCGGCUGCGGCUACGCAGGAUUCCUGUUCCUCCGAUGGCGAUUCUUCCUCUUAUGGUGAGAGCGCUCUAGCGAAGCGUGGGGGCCGAGCUGCUGCUGUCGCCGCUAACAAAACCGGCGAGCUCGCAGCAGCAACGGUCUACCCUGCGGGCGGAGGGGAGGAGGCAGUGGUAAUGUCGUCGACCAAGAAGAAGAAGAAGCAAAAGCUACCGGCGGACAUCCCUGCUCGCGGUGCCGAGUCCACCUCCUCGUCUUCGUCCUACGAGUCUUCGUCGUCGUCAUCGUCGUCCAGCAGCAGCAGCAGUACGUCAUCCUCGUCCUCCAAUAGCAGCAGCAGCGGCAGCGAAGAGGAAGAAAGCGACAACGAGGAGGAAGAAGAGAAAGCUGAGGUGAAGAAGACGACAAGCCGCAAGGUGAAACCCAAUGCUGUCGCCGCCGCCGCAGCAGCAGGAGAUGGGGACGACAGCAGCAGCAGUAGUAGCAGCAGCAGCAGCAGUAGCCGUAGUGAUAGCAGCGACAGCGAUGAGUCGUCAUCGUCUGACGAGGAGAAGGCAAAGGAGCCAAAAGGUGCAAAAGAAAACGCCAAGGGUAAUGCCACCCCCAACUUGGUGCCCUCAGGCAGGGGGGCGGGGGGUAGAGGUAGAGGCGGCGGCGGCGGCCUUGGGGGCGGCCAGCAACACUGGGGAGGACCGCUGGGUCGAAUCGUGGGACAACUCAGGAGACCGGAGGGAGAGAGCGAGAGCAACGGUGGCGGUGCUGCAGCCGCAACAGCACCGUUGGAACCGGAAGGCCGUGCUGGUGGUCGUGGGGGUUCCACAGCUGUAGGGGGCGUGUUUGGCCCCGGCAGAGGCAUUGGGCGCGGGGGCAUGGGGAUGACGAGGGGGGGCGGGUUUGCCGGUGGGCGGUACGCGGACAGGAACACCCGACGGCAUAGCACCGGCCACACCGCGAACGGUGACGGCGGCAGCGCGAAGAAGAGGGGGCGGGGGGGUUGGAAGAAGGACUAUGAGGUGAUCGCGUCGGUGGAGAGCAAGGCCGGGGAGGCGGCGGCGGAGGCAGCAGCUGCUGGAUCGGUUGAGAACGCCGACGCUCGGUACGUCGGCUAUGAAGAGCUCCCCACAGACAUGCGUCCGCAAGUGCGCGACGUCCUCGCGUUCAAGACGCUAUCCCUCAACGAGGAGACGUGGACACCCGAGCUCUCGCCAUACCGGAUGGCGGAGGUGAUCGCCUUCGACGCAUCCUCGGGGCUUGUACGAUUGCGUCCUGCGUCGACAGAGGAUGACAACAAGGAUGGCGGAGGUGCCGGUAGCGGUGCUUUCGUGAACGAUUGCACGAAGGGCCACACAGUCGGCCAACAGCAACAGGGCAGCAGUAGCAUCAUUGCUGAGUCCAACACCGAGGAGGGGAGUGUACCGACAAGCAAUGGGCACAACGAAGGUGGAUUUGGUGGUGACUCCAAGGGCAUGGAAUACCCAGCGGCGGUAGCAGCUAUUACAGGUGGUGGUUCGGAUAGCCGGAAGGAAGAAGAGGAGAGCGGCAGUGUUGCGCAACAGCAGGAAGAACCCGCUGCCGCUGGGGUUUCGGCGGAACCAACAACGGAUGGAAGAAACAAAGCCAGGAGUACCAGCAGCGGGGAGGUCGGCGGAGCGGAGGAAGACCGGGAGUUGCGCGAAGGCGAGGAAGAGCUCGAGUACAGCUCUCUCGCGAACGUCCGCGUCGUGCGGGGACCCUCGAUGGGCGAGCUGAAGAAGCGCAAGCAAGCCCUCCAGAAGUGGAAUUCCCUCGGUCCCGGAGGCGGUAUUUUAGGGGGAUCGGCGGCUGGGAACAACAAAGAUAGCAACAUUAACAGCAACACAAGUGUUGACAGCGCUGCUGCUUCCCCGGCGUCGCUGCCCUCGGCUACCCCCAAGAAGGCGGGAAGGGGGGGGAAGGGACGGGGUAGGGGAAGAGGAGGUGGAGGCGCUGGUGGUUCUGCUAGAAAGCAGGGCGGGAAGGGUAAAGGGGCGUCGCCGAAGAGCGUCGGGAAGAAGCAGGGGGCAGCACGAGGGACCCUAGCGGUCGCAGGGCUGCUUGGGAAGUGUGCAGGAAAGCUACCGACGGGUGGAGGGCGAGGGGCUGCAGAGGAGGGCACCGCUCCUUCGUCCGCUGUGUAAUCUUAUUUUUUCAUGUACGUUGCACGGCGUUUUUGCAACGUUUUUUGCGCUUGUUUUCGAGCAGCAGCUCCGGAAGGCCUGUGGGUGCGGAGAUCUUGUGCUUUUGGUGUCUGGGCCUUGUGAGAAAUGACGUGGGGGGUGCGAUUUUAUGGUUUCGGUGCUGCUAUUCUAGGUGUUACGUUUGAGCAACAAUAUAAACGGGCUCUUGCUGUUGCGCUGGACUGGAGGAAGUUGACGGGCGCGUGCUGUUUGUGUAGCGUCGUCCGCUGCUUUUGCCGACGACCCCUUCGUCAUGCGACCGGUGUGAUUCUGAUUAUGGCGCAAUGCUUGGUCAUGGGAUGCUCCUUCGUGUGAAGAAGGCCACCACAUGUGCAAGGCAAUUUGUACGCACCGCAGCAGUUUGCUCAAACAUAACAUCCCAUGGUAUGUAUUGAUAGUAAAAUGUUUCCUCUCUUUCCUGAGUGUUUCCGGCACUACCAAUCUAUGCAUACGCGCAUGCGGGAACUAAUGGUUUCGGCCUUUGUUUUGUCG